AGGCGGCGGGGGCGCGGCUCCUGCGCGGCCUGGGGCCUCCACUGGCGCGGCGGCAGGCCCAGCAGCCGCUGCUUCCAUGGAGCGGCCGGUCGGGACUGGCUCGCACGGGCACGCCGUGUCGAAGCAUGCUCGUGCAAUACCUACCUGGGCGCGACACGGCUGGGACGAGAACGAGGAGGAGCGCUGCGUCUUUUUUCUUGGCGGCGUGCUGCUGGUCAUCCUCGGAGGGGGCGUGGCAAUGUUCUCGCUGAGAAAGCCGGACAAGGCCGACAAGCAGAACGUGGAUUCGAGGUCCGCGAGCAUCCUCGAGGACGGCUCGCAGGUGGGCCGGGCGAUGCGCGUGCCAGUGAACCCCUUGCCCCAUGGCGUGCGGCGGCCCCGCAAAGAGGUGGUCGUCCUCGCUCGGCACGGCCCCGUUCAGAGGGUGGUGGCCGUCCACCUCGACCUGCUGCUAAUGCCGGCGGGGAGGACGGAGCUCACACAGGCCGACGCCGAAGAUCGCGCGACCAUGGCUCCCGAGGAUAUGCUUCCCUCGGCCAUCAACCGCCAGGCUACCAGAGAGACGGAGCGCGCCAAGCUCCAGGCGGAGGUCGACGGCCUCACGGAGCAGCUGGAGGUGGCCAACCCGAAGCCCUCGAACAUCAAGCAGCAGUUGGUGGAGUCAAACGCGGAGGUGGCACAGGCCAAGUUGGUCAACACGCCACAGCCCUUCGGAGGCGCGACUGACAUGAACGGGUACUGGUGGAGAACGUGUCAACAGUUUCUGAUUGAGGGCGCGGGGGGCACCAAAAUUGUGACCGUGCAAAAGCUGUGCACCGACGGCGAGACGAAGCUCGCACGUGGGCUCCGCGACACGGAUGGCAGCCAGUCAGUGACCCGCGCCGGCGGCUGGAGCCCAGGCCGCGCGCGCGCCGGCAGCUUCACCCGCGGGCGCCCAGGCACGCCGAUGCACGUCCGCUCUGGGCCACCGAUUGCCCAGUUGCGCGUCGACACGCCCCCUAGCAGGACGCGCGCCGCGGACGGUGCGGGGACGGGCCUGGCGCGCAGGGCGACCCAGCUGUUCGAGCGGGCUUGGUCUUUAACUUCGCGCGCGGGAUGGACGCAGAUUUUCCCCCCGCCCCACGGCGGUCUCCGUCUGCGCGGCGAUAGCCACGCGGAGGCCCUCAAGCGAGAGGCGGCGUUCAAGCGCGCCAAGAGCAUCCGCGAGUUGGCCCUGGGGCGGGCGCGCAGCGAGGUCGACAGGCUCGGCAUUCGCAGCGCCGCGCCGCAGGCCGUGACAGACAACCAGAUGAACUUCUGGAGCGACAUCUGGCAGGGCGACGCGGAGUCGGCCCACGGGAAAUGCGAAGACCUGAGUUCAUUGGAGCAGGUCGCGAAGCAGGUGGCUGGGGAACUUCGCAGGCACGGCUUCGCGGCGGCGAACCAGCUCAGCGCGCUAGAAUGCACGGCGACGCUGGAGCCGCACUACUCGCGGGCCAAGAUGGUCUUCGAGAAGCAGGUGCUGAUGGACAUCUCGGGGCAGGUGCUCGAGCACGGCCAGCUGCCACGAUGCAUCAAGACGGCCUGCGUCGGCCUCGUGGAAGCGCACAUCGACAAGAUAGGCAACGACUUCGCGGACACGGCUGCAAAGAAGGGCACGGCGCUCCACGGCCGCCGCAACGCCCAUGCCGACUUCGACAGGAGGGCGCCCGACCGCGUGGCCACAGUAGGCCGCAAGAGCCGCCGCGCCUCGCAGCAGCGCUCGGCGGCGGACGCGCAGCAGAGGGGGCAGCGAGCGGCCGAGGGCGAGUGA